AUGACCGUUAGAGUCAUCGAAUCACGAAAUCUUCGGGACAGCGGCAAUCUACGUGUUCGGGUGGGACUUGAUGGGCGAACAAAGCCUACACGUGUCACAACCGAACUUCACCCAAAAUGGCAACAAAACCUCAAUUUUGCCAUUGAAGAGUCACUUGAAAAAGCCGCGAACAAAAUGUUUUCUAUUCGAGCUUACGCCGUUCGUCGAGUGCUCAACGACAAACUUCUUGGCCAAUUUGAAUGUCCACUCGCAAUGAUAAUGCAUCAGCCGGGCGGUGUUGUGCUCAACAAAUGGAUUUCACUUGCUCCACCGCCAAAAGAUGGAAGGCGAGCAGAAAGAGAUGAAGAUAUUGGAUUCAUAAAGGCCUCAAUUGCCGUGUACGGAGCUCGAGAUACGCCGCCAAUCUUUGAAGAUGAUGACGAAAGUGAGGAAAUUUUCAAUGCUCGUCAUUUCACUGGACAUACUCUGAGAAUUCGACUUCAUCGGCUGCUUCAAUUGAUUUCUGAAGUGCGUCAUAACAUUCUUUCAAAAGGCAAGAAACCGAAAACAGCUUCAUUCUGCAUCAAGGCGUUUUCUGGCGAUUGCACUGAAGUGACAUCGUUGAAGUUGUUGAAAGGGUCAGCAGUCAGUUUUGAUCAAGAACUCUUGUUACCUUUUCUAUGGCCAACUGUGAUUAACAAGUUCCACUUUCAACUCAUUAUGCAUCGUGGUAAGAAAAAUCGAAUUAUUGCACAGACGAGUUUGCCUCUUUCGGACGUUUAUUCACCUGUGAAAUUUUAUGGUCGGAUCUCGGUUUCGAUUGAUUGUAUUGAUUGGAUUGGAGAUUCAACGGAAAGAACCGAACUAUCAUAUAAUGGAUCACAAUACUUUCAUCGUUUUGAGCGCCUUCAUCACUAUACCCUUUUUGCUUCAAUGAUUGCAUGCAAUAAAAUACCGGGAAUUUACAUGCAGAAG